GGGGAUGCUCUCUGUAAGGAUUGCUUCUUUUGGGCAUUUGAGGAGGAAAUUCAUCAGGUCAUCACAGAUGGGCAUCUUUUCUCAGCCGGUGAUUCCGUUGCCAUCGGAGCAUCGGGUGGGAAAGACUCCACUGUGCUUGCCUACACCCUGAAGCUGCUAAACGAACGCUACAACUAUGGGCUGCAGCUCUUCCUGCUGUCUGUGGAUGAAGGCAUCACUGGCUACAGAGAUGAUUCUCUAGAGACAGUCAAGAGAAACCAGCAUCAGUAUGAGCUGCCACUGACCAUUGUCUCCUAUGAGGACCUGUAUGGCUGGAGUAUGGAUUCCAUUGUCAAACAAGUUGGUCUCAAAAACAAUUGUACAUUUUGUGGAGUGUUUCGAAGACAAGCUCUAGACAGAGGAGCCAUCAAAGUCGGUGCCACAAAAAUUGUCACAGGUCAUAAUGCAGAUGAUGUUGCAGAGACUGUCAUCAUGAAUGGUGAGCUCUUGUUGUUGCAAACAUCUGGAUAUUCUUUCUGUCUUCCACACAUUUGGAUAUUCUGUCUGUUUCUACAACACAUCAUUGCCCGACUGAGGAGGUGUACUGCCAUCACUACAGGAGCGGAAGGAUACCUUCCUCGCUGCAAGCCAUUCAAGUACACAUACGAGAAGGAGAUCGUUAUGUAUGCCUACUUCAAGAAGCUGGAUUACUUCUCCACAGAAUGCAUCUACUCACCAAAUGCUUACAGGCUUUGCCAAACUUACAUCAAGGAUCUGGAGAAACAUCCGACCAGGUCACAUGGCGUGGUUAGAA